AUGGGCGCCUCAUCACUCGUGGAGCACUGCGCCACCGUGGUCGUCGUGGUGCUCCUCGCCGCAGCCGCAGCGGCACGGACGAAUAACGAGUGCCACCCCGGCGACAAGGCGGCGCUGCUGGCCAUCAAAUCCGCCUUCGGCAACGCCUCCUACUUCAACUCAUGGACGUCCGCCACCCCGUGCUGCGAGUGGGCCAACGUCUCCUGUGACGGCUCCACGCACCGUGUCGUCGGCGUGUCCUUGGUGAACGACGCCAGCCUCGCCGGCCCGUUGCCCGGCGCCGCCAUCGCCCGGCUCACCGCGCUGCAGCAGCUGGUGCUGAACUACGUGCCCGGCGUGAACGGCACCAUCCCGCGCGACCUCACCCGCCUCAACGCCACCCUCAGCUUCCUCGACAUCAUCUCCACGGGCAUCUCCGGCCCGGUGCCGUCGUUCCUGUCGGAGAUCACGGCGCUCGGCUACCUCAGCCUCUCCUCCAACAAGCUCACGGGCCCAAUCCCGGCGUCGCUCGGGGACAUGCCCAACCUCUACUUCCUCGACCUCGGCUAUAACCGCCUCACGGGCACGAUACCGCCUCAGCUCCUCAGGAAGGGCUCAUACCUCUACCUCUCCCACAACAAGCUCACCGGCAGCGUCCCGGCCGAGUUCGCCGCCGUGAAUUUCUGGACCAUCGACCUGUCGUAUAAUGGGUUCAAGGGCGACGCCUCGUUCCUGUUGGGCGCGAACAAGCCGCUGCUGAACCUGGACCUGUCGCACAAUGCCUUCAGCUUCAACCUGUCCGCCGUGCAGCUGCCCGAGGGCCUCAACAGCUUGGAGCUGAGCCACAACGACAUCUACGGCGACAUCCCAGAGAUGGUGGUGGACAUGAUGCUGAAUUAUUUGAACGUGAGCUACAAUCGCCUCAGCGGCGUGGUGCCCGCCGGUGGCAACAUGGCCUGGUUUGAUCAGUCCUGCUUCCAGCACAACAAGGGGCUGUGUGGAAGUCCACUUCCACCCUGCAAGCAGUGA